AUGGCUGAAUCUAAUUCACGUCCGCCUCAGCAACCGCCGACAACAUCGGCUUCCCCUCCGCCUGGACUUCGUGCAUCGCGGUUACACCAGGUCUUCGAUCAAGCCCUGGCGCGCACGCUCCGCGCAAACUCUUACUCAAAUUUUUCGAGCUGCUUCCCUACGCCUGCGCGCCAUGUCCCCGCCAGUCUUGAGAGCGUCUGGCGACAAUUGAAUGCGAAGCUGGAGGAAAGCGCCAAGGCGGAGUUCGAGGAGAUUAUUGAGGAGCGGGAGGCUGUGAAGCAUUUAAAUGAUUUGGACCAGUUUAUUAGUGAGGCAAGGGCGAGGCGGGAGAGCCGCGGGGAGAAUGGAGAUGCACCACCACCUGAGAAUGCCCCACAUACCCUCGGCGCAGAAGAUCUCUAUAAAGCCCACCUGACACCUUAUCUCCAAGAGGCGCAGACGACACUGAACGACAGGCUCCAGGCUACCCAUACCCAGAACGCAGAACUAGCACAAACAGUACAAGCGCAGCGAUUGGAGAUCGAGAAGCUCCUGUCUCAUCUAGAAACUGUCGUUACGGAUAUUGAGGGGGCCGCUACGGCAGCCUCUCAGUUCAGCAAAGAGCAUCAUAUCCGCCAGAAGGCGGCUCAAAUGGAUAGGGAAGUCAACACUCGAAUGGACAUCUAA